AUGCCAGCAUUCUAUCCAGUUACUUUUGCCACAGAGCUGCGCCUUAUGCUCCCGGAGACGAUGACUACGACGAUCGAAUUGCCAAAGCGCAACGAAACGACGACCAACAGUAAGAAGAGCGAUGACAAGAAGACCAAAGAGGCUCCGAAGAACCUUGUCGAGUUUCUGCAGCGCUACUGGAUUUACCUGUUGCCGUUGCUGGUUUUGUUCGUAAUGCCGGCUGCUGAGCCGGCGCCUGAGCCUGAAAAAGACAACGGAUCAGCUGCACAUGUUCAGCAAGGACGCGUGAAGGCCGGUCCCGCUGCUGGUGGUGGAAAAGGCUCUAGAAAUCAUGGAAAAGCACCUAAAUAG